GAUCCAGAUGCUCGAUGUUUAUUUUUAUUGAUAAAAAGUAGCAUCUAAGAUUCUAAUGGCUUUCGUGCUUCCAUAUUAUAAAUUGCAGUGGUUUAAGAGCAAGAGAUCAGUGUGAGACACUUGAAAUGUCGGUGGAGGCGGAAAGUUUAGUCCAUUUAAAAUGUGCCAACGUUGACGACAUAAAAGAGAAUGGGAGUAACUCGACGAUAUCACACGAUUCCGGUAUCGAAAUAUCCGAUGCGACUUCCGCAACACUUCCUUCACCACACGACUCUGAUAUAUCCUAUAUAAAAACUACAGAAAACGAAAAAAUUGGGAUGGUAUUGAAUGUUGAUGAAUUGCACAACAGUGCCCUAGAAAACGAUGGCAGUUCUGACGUAUCCACUCCUACAUCCUUGUCCUCUGAGGACAAGGAAUUUAAUACCUUCGAGAUAAGUUCUAAAAACGAUGAUCUAGGAAAUUUAUCUGAUAUCACGAAUUAUAGUGCAACUGACCAAAACGAUAACAUAAAUGAAACAAAAAUAAAUAAUAACGAAAUCCCUAAUAUUGAAAGUAAGGAUGAUAGUUUAGACAGUGUUAAACACUCGAGUACCUUAUCAAAAACAUGUAAUUUGAACAGUGAAACCAACAAAACAGCAUCAACAUAUAGUUUGAACGAACCAAAUAACGAAACUACUACUAACCUAUCUCCACUCAGCCGUAGUGCAGAUAACAUAUCUAAUUAUGAUACACACAAUCAUGAUCUAAACCAUUUAAUCACCAAAGAUCUCGAUCAAGAAAGGAUACUGUCUGAAUUUUUAAGCCAAAAAAAUAAAGUAAGCGCAACUCAGAAAAUAGUACAAGAUAAUCAACAAAUGGCUGAUGUAAAAUAUGCAAGAUUACCAAAAGAAAUUUUGUCACAAGAUCUCGGUAGUAUAGUUAAAAAUGUCCACGGUAUAUUUUCCUCGGUUAGCGGAAGUUUGAAGAACGCUUACAAUAAUACCCAAAGAGUUGCACAGAAGCCAAUAGCCAAAACUGUUAAACCCGUUACCAAUGGUAGGAUAAUGAAUGAAAUAUUUGAAUUCUCAGAGGAGAAAUCCGUCAACGACAUAGCCCAAUUACAAAGUGAAAAUUCGAAUUUAAAUAUAGAACCUGUUCCAAAAUCUGACGUUCCAGAAUUGGAACAUGAAAAGAACGACAGUAACAAUGAAAUGUUAAAAUUGCAAAUAGAAUCGUUAGAGAGAGUAUUGUUCGAGCAGAGAAAAGAAAAUGCAUCCCUCAGAGAGAGAGUCAAACAGCAGUGUGAUGAAUUGCAGGCAAAAGAUCAAACAUUCAAGGAUUUAGAGGCUAAAGUUGAUUUGAUGUGUAAACGGGCGGAACAAGCUCAGAGGGAAAAGGAUGCAGCUGUAAUGCGGUACGCCAGCACUGAGUGUGCUGCUAUCGAAGCGAAGAGGGCAGCAGAAGCAGCUACCAAAGCGGAACGUGCAGCGAUCGCGGAACGGGAGCUGGCGACUGCAAAGCUUCGUACAGCUAGAGAAGAGAAGCAACGAAUUUGUCAACUAUAUGACGAUAAGUGCCAUGAGCUCCAGAACAGCGAACGAGAAGUGAACAAAGUGCGCGAGGAGUUCCGGGAAAUUGAAGGUCGUUUGAAAUGGACGCAGAGCAAAUUACGAAUGGAGAUGGACGCUUGCAAGGAGAGCACAGAACGGGUUGAGAAACUGUCCCAACAAGUCGCAGAGCUCGAGGCGGCCAAGGAAGCAGCCACUGUGAACGCGACUGAUUCGAUCCGGGCUAAACAAUUAGAAUCAGACUUGAAAGAGAGUCAAGCGACAUUAAUUAUGUGUCGGCAUGAAAAGGAUGAUCUGGACAGACGUCUGACCGUCGCGCUCCAGCAACUAGAUACGUGCAAGAGAGAACGGGACGAAGCUAGCGGAUCUCUCGCUCUAGCCAAUGAACAGAUCGAGUCGCUAAAGGAGAGUAAUGAACGUUUGGAAGAGGAAGCUGCCGAGCUAGCAGCGUUACGUGCAAGAGCGGCGUUGGCUGACACACUCGAAGCUCAGCUGCAGCGCGAGACGGAGCGCGCGUGGGCGGCGGAGCAGGCGCUGAGCACGGAGCGCGCGCGCGCCGAGACCUGCCUGCGCCGCGAGGCCGCCGCGCUCGAGCACGCCGCGCGCCUCACCGCCGCGCACGUGCACGAGCGCGCGCGCGCCGCCGAGCACGAGGCCAAGGCGCAAGCUCUGGCCGCAGACAACACAUCCCUCCGGGAGACGGUGCAGGUGUUGCAGGAGGAGGCUGGCAAGUUGAGAUCGGCGUUAAAUGAUGAGAUGGAUCGACGGAAUAAAGAGAAUCGGGUGCUUGCUAGGAAGGUAGCAGAACUAACAGAGGAAGCUGCAGAGGCAAACAAGAAGUUGGAGUACGAACAGGGAGAGAACAGCGUGCUGAAGAAGAAACACGCGAGUGCCAUAAAGGAAUUAAAUCGAGAAUUAAAUCGAGCUCUGAAACGAAUAGAGUUGCUGGAAGCAAAGCUACCUCAAAAUGACGUCAACUCGACUAGAACAGGUUCUGUGUCAUCUUUAAGCAGUAUCGACAGUCCGCACGAUGAACGCGUUCAGAACGGACACACGGACGUACCAGACGUGCAGAAGGAAAAUGAGGUUUCGAUGCCGGACCAGCGGCUGCUGGUGGAGCGCAUCGUGUCGCUGCAGCGUGCGGCGGCGGCGCGCUCGGAGCGCUGCGAGUUCCUGCAGGAGCACUGCGCGCAGCUGACGCGCGAGCUGCGCCGCAAGUCGCGCGUGCUGCGCGCCGCGCUGCCCGCGCUGCCGCCCGCCGCGCUCGCCUCGCGCGCCGCCGACCAGCACAAGAGUGAAAUCGCUCAACUCGGCGGUGGUGCGAUGGCAGCGGUAUGGGGGGGAGACCCAGGUGGGAUGACGCUCGAACUAUCGCUGGAAAUGAACAAGCGACUUCAGGCCGUUCUCGAAGAUACGUUACUGAAAAAUAUCACACUUAAGGAAAACAUAGACACAUUAGGAGAAGAAAUUUCAAGAUUGCGCGAACAAGCGAAAAACAACGAGAACAAAUAAUACGAUCACAAGUACCUUAAACCUUUGUUAAUUUAUUUAUGCGUCUCUCUCUCACAUAUGGAUUUUAUCUUCCGUCUCGUUCGUACGUAUGUCAUUUUAAAACGUCAAAGUAUGGCGCUAAAGCUAUCACAUGUACCUUAAUUCAUUAAUUUAUUUGUAUAGGACGUUGUCUCUUUCUCGCGUAUGGAUUUGAUCUACCGUCUCGCUCGCACUUGUCGUAUUUAUAUGUGGUAUAAUUUAUUUGUAUAUUAUUCUUCUAAGUCUUAGAUAUUUUAAAUAGAGUGCCAACUUUAUUUUCUUAGUGUGUGAAAGCUACGCUUGACCCUCGCCGAACGUCAUACUUUACUAGUGUGCGUACUUAGAGGCCAACUGUAAUACUACUUUUCAACUUGUUCUCAUUGACAGUUCAUGAUAAUAUAUAUUAUGAUAAUGAUAAUGAAUAUACCCUUGGUUUGUUUUGUAGGUCGACUUUCGACAAGGGGGUAAAAAACAAUAAUGACAUUAAUUGUCACACAUCAUUAAGUUCACACACUUUAAUAAUUCUUAACUGCUGUAUAAAAUCAUCAACGAAAUAACGAGUGUUUACUCGAACGUGUCGUCUAGAUCACGAGCGGACAGUUCCUCAAAUAGUUAACUUAUACGCAUCCGAACACGCCUCGGCAUCCGGCACUUUUUCAAAUAUUAACUUUGCGUAUAUUUGUGUUUUUACGUGAGAACUAUCAAGACUCCUUUAUAAGUAAAAAAUAAAACACGGUCGGCCCUCAACCCUAAAUCGUCUUACAUAGUAAAUUAAUGAUCCUUUAUAAGUUAGUAGAAUGGUUCUCCACUAAUCAUGAGAAACUGUUAAGCGUCGUUCAGAUAUACGUAAUCGAAGUGUAAUACAAAAGUGUGAGCGAGACAGCGUCUGUGAAAAGGAGACAUGAUGAUUAUUUUUUAAUAAUAUUUCGUAUAAAUUUAAACAUUGUAAGUGAACAUUCCAUUUGAAAUUUGUAUGACAUUAUAUGAUUAUUUUUUUAAUUUGUAUGAUUAAUGUGUGUACGCAAAGGUGAUUUAACUCUUAAAUUGUUCCAAUUAAAAAAAGUGUUGCCAGUUACUGUGUAAUUAAAUAAAUAUUAUAGCGUGCAGAUUCUGAAACACUAAUCGCUUUAAAACUAAUUUUUGGUCUGGGUUUGGGGAGGUGUCAUUAAUGUGAUCAUGUCUGAUCUCGUUGUUAUUUUAAACAUAGUUAGUUGGCGUUCAAGUUAUAUAGCUGAGUACGACUGUUUAUGAUUUAAAAUUGACCAAUUAAAAAAAACGGUGGAUUUAAAUUUGGUUGAACUGUUUAUUAAUUAUAGACACAAGGAAUUUAUCUUCUAAGAAUACAUGGUUUGUACUAAGUUCAACAAAGACAGGGCGAUAUUUGAAAUCGGAUGUCAACACCGAUAUUUCAUCCGAAUAGCCGUUACACAACCGAUGUCACAAAAAUCGCAUAUCGCCCAUGCGUACUUUGGACCGAUGUUUUUACGUCGCUCACUUUUCCUCCACUUCGUUGCCGUCGUAAUGUUAUAGCUCUCUUUCCCUUUCUCUCUACUUCUAUAUCUUUCUCUAUCAUGUUAAGGAAUGCGCUUAAACUUGUCACAUUUUUUAAAAUUUUAGUUUCUAUCCCAGUCCACUGAUCAAUUAUCGGAUUACAUAAGAAAUCUCACUUAAUAUAAAAGUAAAAAAAAUUAACAAAUCAUAUUAUAAUCUUAGAAAAGAUUUUUAAUUAAUUAAUUACUUAACGUUUAUGGGCAGUGGCUUCAUUUGUACUUCCGUCUGUUUAAUAGAAACAACCGAAUAGUUAAAAGUUAAAUCACUUUUUGCAUUAAAUUGAGUGAAAAAUCGAUUGAAAAUGUUCUAGAACCUUGUCCAAUGUGGCGUCGAUUUUAUAUUACAGUUAAUGUUAACUAUAGAAAAACGUAAAAUGUUGCCAUAAACAAUAUUAUAUAAUGUCUUUAAAAAUUAUUUUUAUGACAGAUAAGCCUGUAUUUUCUUAAGUAUUGUAUUAUGUUAAAACAAAUUAAAUUAUAUUCAUUAUAAUGACGAUGAAAUUGUAAUUAUAAAUUUAUAAUCGACUUAACCCUUAAAUGCUGCCAUUUGUAAAGACAUGCGUUGACUAUUACAUACAUAAUAAUUUCUGAAAACAUAUAUGGGUAGGGUUGAAAGAAACCACGAAAUAUUCACAUCUUUCUUUAUUUCCUUGGUUUUACAAAAGAGUACGUUAUUCUUAAAUACUUCGUGCCAUAGUACCUCCUUUCAAUUUAUCUCGCUUACACUUUCAUAGUUCACUCUCAUGCUGUCUCCCUCAUUGCUGCACUAAAAUCCUUACAUAUAUAAAUUUAUUUUUGAUAUUUGAAGAAAAUUAAAUUCAUCCUUGUCGCAAAUAUUGGUAUUAUAUACUAAAACCU